UCAAUAAGGGUUGGCAGAGAUGCCACCUCAACAAUCAUCAUUCAGUACAUUGGCGGCAAAGUUCAUCACUCAACAAUCGCAGGUCUCACAAGCACAGUCCGCCACCUCCUCAGACUCGCCCCUCUUCUACAGUACUUACACCCACGCAACGCAUACCCGCCGUUCAUCUCUCUCGUCCGGUUCCGAUCGCAGUUCUGUUCAUGAUGACGAGGCUGACGAACAUGCGGGAGGCGCUAAACCGGUCGAGUCAGAUACGGCAGGACCGGGGGAAGCGGGGAUGAGCCAAAUCGGAUACGGAAUGGGUAUGGGAGCGACAAUGGGCAUGUUACGGGGUAGUGUGGAUCCAUUUAAGGGGUAUGGAGAGGGCUCCUCUUCAUCCCACGAAGCUUCCGAGUCUCAGGAGGAGGAUGAGGAUCUGGUCGCUCAGGGGCCAGUGGAAAGUAUCUCUCUUCUCCCUACCACGCCACGUAACAUGCACAAGUCGACAUCUCAUGGAAGGAACGCAGGAAGUGGGAAGAGUACACAUCCUACUCCUCCCGGCUGGCGCGCACAUCCACCAUCGAGACCGUCGUCCGACUCAGAGGAGUUGCGUGGCGAUAGCGGGGAGACGGAUGAUGGCGUACCGCCUUCCUACCUUUUCACGCCACACAAGCUGGACGAGUCGGAAGAAUCUGAAGAAGAAGAGGAGGAGGAGCGACAUGGUCGACGAGGCCAAGGGCAGACGGAGAGUAUGCUAGAGAGCUUGCUGCCUCAGGAACAACUAAGGAUAAGACCAUCUUUGGGUCAUGUUCUCCGUCUACCUCAUGCGGGGUAUACAGUGCUUUUCGGAGUAAUGCUGGUGGUGUCGACGAUACUCUCGCUAUAUGCGUUAAUACUUACGCCCAAAUCGUCUCCGCUUCCUCAUCUGACGCAUACACUUCCCCUGCUCUCGCUGCUCACCUUCCUCUCCCUCCUCCUUCCUCCAAUACAUAUCGCCCUUCUGCGCGUGGCUGUCAAACCUGCCCUGUAUGGGACAUACUUCCUCCUUCCUGUGCUAGUGCUCUUCGCCAGCUUGUACUCUUUCGCUGGUAGCUUCUGGUCACAGAGCCUAGCGCUGCGUAUCAUCUCCCCCAUCCCACUAAUUCCCCUCCUUCUCGCCCUCCCAAGCCUUCCCAGACGUCUCCCCUCCAUUAAUCGUUCCUCCGCACUACUUCGCCUCUCCGCCACCCUGCUCCUGCACCAUCCCUCCGCCUUAGCAGCAAUAAUGGUAGGCGCUCUAGGUGGAGCGAUCGGCGGGGGUAUCAUCGGCGGUGGGGGCGUGAGGCUCGUGUUUGGUGGAUCGCUGCCAACAUGGGUUGCGUCUUUGCCGAUCCUGACCACCCUGCUGGCAUAUGCGACUUUGCUAAGUCUGCGAAGGAUUGCACUAGGGAAUGUCGUUGGGCGGUGGUAUCUCGCCGCUCCUCCCCGCUCGCCGCCCGAUCAACACGAAAGCACGCGGGAAGCGAUUGUGCUCGCGACCGGGCCGCAGUUCGGUACUGCUGUUCUUGGCGCACUAAUUCUUUCCCUAACCCGGACGCUGGUCUGGAUCGUCUUUGGCAUACAGCGACUGCUCCUGAUCCCUUGGCUCCCCCUGCCCCCGCAGCUUUCUCCCGCGUCUUUCCUCGUGUACUUGCUCAACUCGCUCGAGGGGUACAACGGGAAAGCGAUGUUGAUGACGGGUAUCAACCCUUCCGGCACGGGGCAGACUGGGCCCGCCGGUACAGGGGGCAAUUUCUGGUCCUCCGUCAGCGCUGUCCGAGCGCUCGAACGUGGCCGAGGCAGGAUGUACAGAAACUACGACCUCACACGCACGCUCCUGCACCUCCUCGUUCUGUUCUCCUCGCUGCUUGCCGCUCUCAGCGCGUACUUCUACUCCUCCGACUCGUCAGACAGCGGCACGCUUGGCAGUGCCAAAUGGCGGGAACGGAAGGCGGAGGACGUAUGGGCUGCUAUUCUCGCAGGAGCGCUCUGCUGGGGUCUGGGCGAGUUCGGCCUGGGAGGACUGGGCGACGUCACCGAUGCGCUCUGGAUGUGUUUCUCGAUGGACUUGGAUGCGGGGAGGGAACCGAGGGGGGAUGUUGCGGGGGCGUUUGAAGGGAGGCAGGAAAGACUGGCGGAAGAUGUGGAGGGUCAGCCUGGGAGGAACUUUAGAGGGGCGAGGUACGCUCCUGCGCCUACUCGGCCUGUCCCUCAACAGCAGGAAGAACACAUGCCAGGAGGGGAGAGUGUCAUGUCUGGUCUGGGAGGUAUGGGCAUGAGUUCGGGCUUGUUUGACUGAACCCUGUCAUUGAGUGAAGGGUAUAGAUCGUGCCUAUCUGGACGAU